AAUGUGUUUAUUGAUGAUGACACGAAAGAACAGGAUUUAUCAGCAGCGGCAACUGAUUUAAACAAGAUAACAAAGGCAUUGAAUGAUGCAUAUAGGGCACAAAUGGCAUCUGAAGCUGUUCAGAUGGUCACUGGGUGUCCCAUUGCCGAGUUUGAAAGGCUUCUUCAUUUUUGUUCUCCAGCUAUUUGUCACUCAUACAGUUCUGUAGGCUGUCAAACUUGCUUGUUGGACCAGGGUCCUAGUGCUCUAUUGUGUAGACAUGAGACACCGAACAUCCCACUAGGAUGCCUCUGGAAGUGGUAUGAGAAACAUGGAAGCUAUGGAUUAGAAAUAAGGGCAGAAGAUCAUAAAAAUCCAGAACGAUUGGGUAUUGAUCAAUCUGCGUUUCAUGCCUACUUUGUUCCAUACUUGUCAGCAGUUCAACUCUUCAGGAAUAGUACAAAUAAUUCCACACAGAAUAACACCAGAAUUUCUUCUCCUGGUAUUUCCGGGGAUUCUGAUACUUGUUCCAUUUCAAGAAACUCUGCUACUGUUGGUCACCGAUCAAUAUUUUCAGUACUUGUUCCACAGCCUUGCACUGCAGAACCAAGUAAUCAGCUGCAAGUAAAUGAUGUGGUUAGAUCAGAACCAUCUUCAGUUUGUCCUGAAGAUGUGUUGCCUGUAAAAUCGGUUGACAUUACGCGGUCUGUUUGUCUUGAACUGGCUUUUGAGUACUUUGAAUCUGAGCAACCUCAACAAAGACGGACAUUAUAUGAAAAGAUACAAGACCUGGUUAGAGAUGAUGUAUCUCCUCGGUGCUAAAUGUAUGGGGAUCCAGUUUAUUUGAACAACAUAGAUAUACAUGAUUUGCAUCCUCAAUCAUGGUAUUCUGUUGCAUGGUAUCCUAUUUAAAAACUCCGGAUGGGAAUUUCCGUGCAGCCUUUUUGACUUACCAUUCUCUUGGCCAUUU